ACUCCUGUAGCGCAGAGACAAGACCAGGGGAGUUACGCCUGAUAUUUGACUGUCUGAAAUCGAGAGCCUAGUAUCAUCAUGUCGAAACCGUUGUCAGACCACGAUAAGAAGAAGCAGAUUUCAGUGCGAGGUCUUGCCGGCGUGGAAAAUGUUACCGAUUUAAAAACCAAUUUUAACAGACAUCUCCACUUCACACUGGUCAAGGACAGAAAUGUGGCGACAAAAAGGGAUUAUUACUUUGCCCUGGCACACACCGUGCGCGAUCACCUUGUCGGCAGGUGGAUUCGUACUCAACAGUACUACUACGAGAAAGAUCCUAAACGUGUGUACUACAUCUCCCUGGAGUUCUACAUGGGCCGCACUCUCCAGAAUACGAUGGUGAACCUGGCUCUGGAGAAUGCCUGUGACGAGGCCACAUACCAGCUGGGGCUGGAUAUGGAGGAGCUCCAGGACAUGGAGGAAGACGCCGGCCUUGGGAACGGAGGCCUGGGCCGACUCGCUGCCUGUUUCCUGGACUCCAUGGCCUCGCUGGGCCUGGCUGGGUAUGGCUACGGGAUCCGGUACGAGUACGGCAUCUUCAACCAGAAGAUCGACAAAGGCUGGCAGGUCGAGGAGGCGGACGAUUGGCUGCGCUUCGGCAACCCCUGGGAGAAAGCCCGCCCAGAGUACAUGAGGCCGGUCAAGUUCUACGGCAGGACGGAGCACCACCCCGACGGGGUGAAAUGGGUCGAUUCCCAGGUAGUGCUGGCUCUGCCCUACGACACCCCCAUCCCAGGCUACAGAAACAACAUCGUCAACACCAUGAGACUGUGGUCUGCCAAGGCCCCCUGUGACUUCAACCUCAAGGACUUUAACGUCGGUGGCUACAUCCAAGCCGUGCUGGACAGGAACCUGGCGGAGAACAUCUCUCGCGUGCUCUACCCCAACGACAACUUCUUCGAGGGGAAGGAGCUGCGCCUCAAGCAGGAGUACUUUGUGGUGUCCGCCACCCUGCAGGACAUCGUCCGUCGCUUCAAGGUGUCCGACUUCGGCUCCAGAGAGGUCUCCCGCACGGACUUCACCGCUCUGCCGGACAAGGUUGCCAUCCAGCUGAAUGACACUCACCCCGCAAUGGCCAUUCCAGAGCUAAUGAGGGUACUGUUGGAUGAAGAGCACCUAACCUGGGAAAAGGCCUGGGACAUCAGCGUGCGUACCUGCGCCUACACCAACCACACAGUCCUGCCUGAGGCCUUGGAGCGCUGGCCCGUAGACCUGCUCCACCACCUGCUGCCCCGGCACUUGGAGGUCAUCUACGAGAUCAACCGUCGCCACAUGGAGAGAGUGGCCGCCUUGUACCCCGGGGACACCGACCGGAUGCGUCGCAUGUCCAUCAUCGAGGAGGGGUCGGAGAAGAUCAACAUGGCGCACCUGUGCAUUGUGGGCUCCCACGCCGUCAACGGCGUGGCGCGGAUCCACUCGGACAUCCUGAAGGCCACCGUAUUUAAAGACUUUUAUGAGAUGGAGCCAAAGAAGUUCCAGAACAAGACUAAUGGCAUCACGCCGCGUCGCUGGCUGGUCAUGUGCAACCCUGGCCUGGCUGAGGUCAUCGCAGAGAAAAUCGGAGAGGACUUCAUCCGUGACCUUGACCAGCUGUCGAAGCUGCUGCAGUUCAUCGACGAUGAGGCCUUCAUCCGGGACGUCGCCCAAGUCAAGCAGGAGAACAAGCUGAAGUUUGCGGUGCACUUGGAGGAGCACUACAAGGUGAAGAUCAACCCCAACUCCAUGUUCGAUCUGCAAGUCAAGAGAAUCCACGAGUACAAGAGGCAGCUGCUCAACUGUCUGCACAUCAUCACCUACUUCAACCGCAUUAAGAAGGAGCCUAACAAGCACUGGACCCCGAGAACCAUCAUGAUCGGAGGGAAGGCUGCCCCGGGCUACCACACUGCCAAGAUGAUCAUCCGUCUCAUCACGGCCAUCGGCGAGGUGGUCAACCACGACCCCGUCGUCGGGGACCGCCUCAAGGUCAUCUUCCUGGAGAACUACCGGGUGACCCUGGCCGAGAGAGCCAUCCCCGCCGCCGACCUCUCGGAGCAGAUCUCCACGGCGGGCACGGAGGCCUCCGGGACGGGCAACAUGAAGUUCAUGCUGAACGGCGCCCUGACCAUCGGCACCAUGGACGGCGCCAACGUGGAGAUGGCGGAGGAGGCGGGCGAGGACAACCUGUUCAUCUUCGGCAUGAGGGUGGACGACGUGGACGCCAUGGAUGUGAAAGGAUACAAUGCGUCAGAGUACUACAACCGGAUCCCGGAGCUGAAACAGGCCAUGGAUCAGAUCGCCGGGGGAUUCUUCAGCCCCAAGCAGCCUGACCUCUUCAAGGACAUUGUGGACAUGCUCAUGAACCAUGACAGGUUCAAAGUGUUUGCUGACUAUGAAGACUACAUUAAAUGCCAGGAUAAAGUCAAUGCGCUGUACAAGAACCCCAAGCAAUGGACCAAGAAGGUGAUUCACAACAUCGCCGGCUGUGGCAAGUUCUCCAGCGACCGCACCAUCGCCCAGUACGCUCGUGAAAUCUGGGGAGUGGAGCCCAGCCUGGAGAAGAUCCCCGGCCCCGACGAGCACCCAUAAGCGGCCACGCCCUGCCCCAGCACAGCACCCCCCCCCCCCCCCCCCUCGUUCACCCGCCCCCUCGCCUCGCCUCCGUCGCACCCUCUUCCCUAGGACACUGCUGCUGUUAGGUACAUGCCCGUAGCUAGGGGGCAGUAAUGAUUCCCCCCCGAGGAGAACCUUCUCUCUCGGGGCCGCCGGAUGAAAGGAAGCUUGGCCCGUACGCGACGCACACUCAGACUCGCACACAGCAGGGGGGAGUAGAACGUGCGGGUCUGUUGAGACCCUGACUAGGCUCCACCCUGACUAGGCUCCACCCUGACUAGGCUGGCUCUGCAGUCCAAGCCGUUUUAGCGAACGUUCCGAAUCGUCCCAUGGAGUCAAGGUCAUUGGCCUCGAAGCAGCGGUCACUCUCCAAUGACCAGAGAGACCAAUAAAGGAGGGGGGGGGGGGGGACUAGGGUGGUGGGGGGGGGGGGGGGUUGGCUGGGGGAUGUGGAGAAGGUCCUAGAAGUGUGUUGUGGGUUUUGAGCUUUCGGUGGGUUUUUAGCAUUCUCCAGUACAACUGUAUGCCUUUUCCCUUGGAUCUGUUCUAAUGGAGUUUCUUGUCUUCAAUACAUUUAAUCCUACGAGCUGCGUGUGUGUUUAAUCUUCCUCGAAUGCGGUCUGUGUUGCACAUGCAUUGUGUCUAGACUCUGCCAGACUGUAGGAUCCACAUUCUACACUAACUAAGUUGUAUUCGACUCUCUCUCCCCUCCAUUUAACCUCGUAUAUCUGGAAGGUCAGGGGGGUAAACACAUUAUUAUAAACAAAAUGUAGGUAUUUUGUCAGCAGCUUGUCUUUUGACUCCACGGGGGGUGACAUCCCCAAUGUUGUCACCUCACAUAUGGUUUUUUUUUCUUUCUUUUUACCGAAAGACAUGUUUGCCACUGUGGUCUGUCCCCCUGAAAGCAGAUAACCUGAGCAGAUGAGUCUAUGGGAUGUAGUAGAACAGACUAACUGAUCCACCGUUGGGGGGGAAUCGUGUCUGUGUCAUCUGUUGUCAUUUGGAACUCCCUGUUCUCUCUCUGUUUCAAGUGAAGCUCACCGCUGUCCGUGAACACGACUGUCACGUUUCAGUCAGUCAGUACCUGUCAUACUAUACCAAUAAAAUAUACUUGACAUUGUU